AUCACCCAGAGACAGCUUCAAGCAAAAGGCUCAAAGAUUUGUUAUUCACACUGUUAUCAGAAAACCCCAAGUCCCCAUAGUACAUGCCAGCUGCAUAACGGGGGGAUAUUCAGCAGCGUCCGCUGUGAGGCACCACAAGGGAGGUUCCCCCACCCCGCACCACCUCUGCAGCCGCCGGCCAGCGCCCGCCGCUGGGGACGGGACCCGCCAGCAGACAGAGCUGAGCCCGCUCAGGCCCGGCCCGGCCCCGACACCAGAAGAGCGACUAAAACUCCGCGGCCUCCCAGUCCCCGCUCUCCCCGCCCGGGUGCCGAGACCGCAACCGCAACACCCGCGGCGCUUUACCGGACGGGCUCUUCCCGCCGCGCCCGCAGCCUCCCGCGGGGCGGCCAGCGAGGACCGUGCUCGGCGCCUCCCACAGAAACAGCCGCCUCCUCGCACGGAGCAGGUGCAGUGUCCCCCGGGCUCCAGAACACCCGGGCAGGAGGGUCGCGGCUCCGGGCCCAGCGCUGGCCCGCCCGCUCGGCCUCAGCCCCGCCGCCGGGCCCCUGCCCCGCCCCAGCAGCGCCGGGACAGCCCACCGCGCCCCCGCGACUCGACCCGGGCACCGUUACCGCUGCCGCCGCCACUGCACGGAAGGCCCACCCGCCGACCCGUACCUGCCGCCGCCGCCGCUGCUGCUGCUGCCGCCGCCCGGCCCGCCCGCCUGUCAACCCCCCCGGCAUCCGCCGCCCGCCGGAAGCGCGGCCCGUCGCCCGGGGAACGCUGCUCCGCCCCGCCCGCUGCCGGACACCGUCCGGGCGCGCCCGCCGCUCCCUCGCACCGUUCCGCCGGGACGGAGCGCCUCGGCUGCGGUAUGUGCGCCGCGGACGGCGACAGGCCCGGUCCCGAGGGCCAGCUCGGUGCCGCCUGCCCGGCGCUGCGGAGCCUCCCGCCCGGGCUGGCGCUGGGGCCAUCGCUGUCCCGGGCGCGGGGCACGGGCGUGUGGUGCGUGGGCCGGGCCCUGCCGGCCGGGACGCUCCUGGGGCCGCCCGGCGGGGCCCGGGAGGACGCGGCGGGGCCGGGGUGGAGGAGCCUGGUGCAGCGGAGCCCGAAGGAGGCGGAGGCCAACGUGACGCUGGGCCGGGCGGGCGGCCGGCUGCAGCUGCGGGCGCGGCGGCACAUCGCGGCGGGCGCGGAGCUGCUCUACUGGCCCGAGGAGCCCCGCGGGGCCAAGGCGGAGGAGCGGCGGCCGGACGGAGGCCAGGGGAUAGCGGCUCCGCGGGAGGCCGGGCCCAGGGGGCGGCCGGCGGCCGAGGCGGAGGCGGCCGUGGCGGUGCAGGGGGACGGGGCCGCUCCCGGCGGGACGGCGGCGGGGCCGCUCGCAGGGGAUCCCAAUGUCUCCAGGGUGGUAGCGGAUAAAACCACAGUCCUUGAUGUCCCUGCUGAGGUUAGCAGGCCGGCCACAAAAGACUUCCACGAGCUGCAAGAACAGGAAGGCACAACUGCCAAACGUGAGCCAUGGCAAGCUAAGGUGCUGAGGAGUGAGAAUCAGCACCUCAAGACCAUCUCAACCAUUAAGGCCAACGGCAAGGAAGAAUUGGAUGAGAGUGUGGAUCCUGGAUCUGCAGCAGAACAAGUGGAGAUGGGGCAUAAAGAGGCAUGUCCAGGAGACCUGGAUCUGUUGUUGCCCUCAAGCACGGUUGGACUCGGUGCUCGCUUGGUUGGCAAGCCAUGCAAGGUGCAUGCUAUGGCCAGCCAGCUCCAGAAGCACCUGCACGACUGUGGUGGCAGGACAACCGGGCAAGAAUCCCAGCAGCUCAGUCCUUCAGAAAGAGAGAGUGUGGAGAUUUGCGAGAAAGAGAGCAAAGCUUCCAAAGACUCAAAACCGGCAUCCCCAGAACAUGGGGGAAGGGGUCCAUUGGAGGGGCCUGAGGGGCAGGAGGAGUAUAUGGAGCUGGUGGAGGGUCAUUCUGGCAGCCCAGGCCCACCACCAAAAGCUCUCUCCCAGAAGGAGAUGGUCAAGCGCAGGUACUGCUGCAGUGAGUGUGGCAAAGCCUUCCUGCAGCUCUGCCACCUCAAGAAGCACCGCUUUGUCCAUGCUGGCCACAAGCCCUUCCUGUGCACAGAGUGUGGCAAGAGCUACAGUUCCGAGGAGAGCUUCAAGGCCCACAUGUUAGCCCACAGAGGCGUGCGGCCUUUCCAGUGCACCCAGUGCGACAAGGCUUACUGCACCAAGCGAGACUUGCAGGAGCACCAGGUCCUGCACACUGGCCAGCGCCCCUUCUCCUGUGAGCAGUGUGGCAAGGCCUUUGCGCGCCGUCCCUCUCUCCGCAUUCACAGGAAGAGCCACCUGGCCACCAGGAUGGGCAUGGCUGGUCCCAAGGGAUGCCAGUGUGCCAUAUGUGGGCGCCACCUGGCCAACCCCGGCUCCUUGCGCAAUCACAUGCGCCUGCACACGGGGGAGCGCCCUUACGCCUGUCCCUACUGCGGCAAGGACUUCCGACAGCAGAGCAACCUGCGCGAGCACCUCCGGCUGCACACAGGCGAGAAGCCCUACAAGUGCCGCUUCUGCGACGACGCUUUCCCCAAGCUGCCAGAGCUUCGGCGCCACCUCAUCUCCCACACGGGGGAAGCCCACCUGUGCACUGUGUGUGGCAAGGCGCUGCGGGACCCCCACACGCUGCGUGCCCACGAGCGCUUGCACACAGGUGAGCGCCCUUUCCGCUGCGAGCAGUGUGGCAAGUCCUACACCCUGGCCACAAAGCUGCGGCGCCACCAGAAAUCCCACCUGGCUGACAAGCCCUACAAGUGUGAGCUGUGUGGCAUGGGCUACACCCUUCCCCAGAGCCUUGCGCGCCAUGUGCUCACCCACAAGGUGGAAAAGGACACUGAGGAACUCACCACUUCAGUGGCCUCACGUGCUAUCAAGCAACCCCAGGCAGCAAGGAAAAAGCCUCAGAGGAAGGACCACCAGGAGGAGGUUGCAGCAGAGCCCACUUUGUUCAUGGUGGAGGUGCCAGGGCCAGCAAAUGAGACUGAGCUGUUGAUCACAGCCAGUGGUCACUGUAUUGCUACUUACCAGUCUCGAGACAGCCCCCCAGAUUCUGGGGCACACAGGAGUCCCACAGGGCAUUUGCAGUCAGCAGAGAACAUCAUUGAAAUCACCAUCUCCAAGCAUGAGGACAAAUGCAUUAUAGUGCAGGAUGAGGGCUCACCGAGUGACAUGGUAGUCAUCCAGGAUGGGGUGGGCUUUGGAGCAGUGGCAGAAGUCGUGGAGGUCAAGACUGGGACCUGACCAUCCCAGCCUGCCCUGGCUGAUCUUCUUCUGUACUUAUUAAAAUGGGGUCAAAAAACAACAAAAAGCCUAGCUCUCUUGUCUGUCUGUGGCAACAAGGCCCUGUGGCAGAAUUAGCAGUCUUGGAGGUUACUGCUUUGUAGACCUGGGUCUUUUCGGUAGCUGCUCGGAGCUAGGAGACUGGUGCAGGGCAGGCAUUGGCUGGUGUCAGGAAUAACUUCUUAGAGAAGAUACUGAGGGCGUUAAUGAGCAGUGCUUCUCCUCUGCCUCUGUUAAUGCUGUCAGCGGGUGACAGUGCACUGUGGGGCAGGCAGGAAAAAUCUAAAAGAAGCAGCUUUGAACAAUGUCUUUCUUUCAAGUUUUUCUUUCUCUAAUUAAUUGUUACUAUUCAAGCACUUUCCUGGCCUUUUACUCUUGGAGCUCAGCAGCACUUCUGAUCAUUUGAAGGUGAUGCCGAUGCCAGACAUUACUGAGAAGCAGCUUCCCAAGUGUUUACAAGGAGACUCUGCUGUGGGUUUUUUUGAAGAGCAUUUUCCACAAUUAGCAGAAGCAACGUCCUGCCUUUGAGCUAGGGCUGAGUGUUCUUUCUCCACUGUCACCUGUUUUGCUUGCUGUGGGCUUCCCAGCCUUAUGGUGACUAAAUGGUCUGUCUGAGGACAUAAAGGGACAGUUUUGUGUCUCACUGUGCAAAUAGUGCACAGUGUAGUACACUAAUACACAUAGUGCACAGUAUAGUACGCAAAUAGUACAGUACAAUUUUUGCUGUCCCCAGCUGAGAGGCUCCUCACCUGUCAAGUAAGGGUUCAACACUUCAUCUCAGUAUGCUCAGGAGAUUUUUCCUCUCCCCUCCACAUUCAAGUUGGGUUCAUUAAUCUGUUUCCCUUUUUAUCAUGUUCUUCCUUUGUCUCUUCCACUUCUUUCCUGCUCUUGCAUCAAAAAGCUAAAAGACAGCACCACCACAACUACACUCUAGCAUUCCCACUGCUCCUUUGCCAACCGAGGCACACUGCCCAAACUUGGUCCUGUUGCAGGAAGGAAGUGUACAGUACCCAAUGCCACAUGAACUUGACCUCGUAGGAAGAGACAGACAGUACCAGGCCUAACAGGUCUUUCAGGCUUGCGUGCUCUGCACUCCCUUUUCAUAUGUUAUACAAACACCACUUUCAUUUGCUGCAUCCUCAGUUUUAGCUAUUCUUGCUCUCCAUUUUGCCCCUCUAACGUCUGCAUUUCCCCAAAAGAGUUUUUUUUAGAGGCCUAAAUUCUCUCGGCUUCUAUGCCCACUGCACAAGAGGACGGUAUAGAGUCACCAGGGAGUCAUCAGUAGCACAGUUCCUUUUUUGGGUACGUCAAAUGCAGUAUCAUGACAAUCUGAAAGGCCAUUAUUUGUGGUUUCUGCAUUAAACUUUUUCCAUAAGCUUUUAUGACUGUUUUGCAAAGAAGGUGCUAGAGUCAGAUGUGACGAGAGGAUGGAAAGCGAAUUCAGCUGAUAAACUUUUGGGUAUCUUUAUUUUCAGCUAUUUUCUUUGAAGUCAGGGGGCAGCUCAGCUCCAUCUUUGCCCUGAAUGCUUGGAGAGAGACUGGCGGGAGCAGAGGCAUGAGGAGGGCUUGUAGUUGAACCCACCAUGCUUUGUACUGGUUUCCCUUUGGUGCCUGGCCUAACUCUUGCAGUUUUCAAAUAUUGACACAGCUGCAAAGUGUUCUCGCUGGAGCCGGGCUCGUGCGCUGUGUUUGAAGUGUGUGCCCUCUGUCACAGCACGACUGGGGGAGAUGUGGGAGCAAUGGGAGGGAGAAUCCAGGCCCCCAUUGCUUUAUCUGCUGACCUGUAAUGACCUUCUUUAUUUUGAAAUCAUAGGGAAGAAAAAGUAGGAGUGAUUAUUAAUUCAAAGGUCCUCACAGAAACAUUGUUUGCCUAAGAGCUGAUCUGAGCAGGCAAGUCUGUGCUGCACAUGUCACUUGGCUGCAGGAUGAACUUAACUGGUGCAUCCUGACUGAGGGACCCCACAGGUGAUGGCUUCCAUGGGGCACCUAGUGAUGAUGCCACCACCAGUUUUUUUUAUCUUAGAAGCAGCAUGUUCUUACAUGCACAACCUACAACCUUUUGCUUGACAGCAAAAUUAUGAAUGAAGUUGCUUACUCCUAAGAAAAUCCUAUAAAAGCCCUGAAGACCAUGUUGCUGGUGGAUCUCACCAUGAGUGGGAUCUGUGCAGCAUGCCAUGGCCUGACUAGAUAGUUAGCUGCUGCUGUGCAACUUGGUGUUUGCAGCAUCUGAAGGGGUGUAGGAUUAUCUAAUGCUACACCCUUUCUUGUGUUAUAUCCAAUAAAUAAUAUUUUAAUUCUA